AUGUCGCACAGCCCUGCGCAUUGGAGAACGCACGAAAGGCACCAGGAGGCAAGACGGUACGUUCUUCUUUCCCAUCCCUGCUUCGAGCUCAUAUGCUUUUUUUGGUGCGCGGCCUCGCCAGAGCGGGCCACCGCGUGCAAGGAAGGUGAGCGGUGGCAGCGGGCUCCGCGCCUGCCGAGCGAGGUGCGGGAGGCCAAGCUGGAGCCCGAAGCCACCAUGCCUGCACAUAGCUGGGCCGUCCAGAGGGUGCUUACCAGCCUCGAACGUAUUCCUAUCCCUAAGAUUGACAAUCACCAAGCAGGCACGAAAGAUAUCAGGCAAGUUGCCCAGCAUGGAAGCAGGAAAGUCAGGGAGGAUGAUGUGUCAAUCAUGUGUGCUCCAGUUUCCGUUGGGUGGCUGAUGUUGGGAGCAGUUCUGCACGCCACUCUGAGUGCUUGUGGCAAUUCAUCUUCUGAGGGGUGCUCUCUUCCAUCCUCUGCGGCUUCACGUUGGACCCUGGAGCCCACCAUAGGCCGCGCUUGUUGCACCAGGCCUCAAUCAGCCUAA